UAUAUACAAACAUAUGUACAUAUGAACAUAUGAUUUUUCCAUAAAAGUAUAGGUAUGCCUUUUUGCUGGUUUCAAUUUAUUGUGAACUUUCGCUGCACACAGACUUAACUUGUCGCAAUUGCUGCCAUUCAGUGGCAUCUCUUAAAAAAUGAGCAUCCGUUUUCACUUUGUUAUUCUGGCCUUGGCUAUACCAACUUUUAUGGCUCCUUUUCUUAGUGGAGCUGAAAAAAAUGUUGAAGUUAUGGAUAAAACUGGUGAAAUUCGAAUUUACAAACGACUUAUUCCUGCUGACGUUUUAAGAGAUUUUCCAGCGAUGUGCUUUGCAUCAACUCGAUGUGCAACUGUUGAGCCAGGAAAAUCCUGGGACUUGACUCCAUUUUGUGGUCGCUCUACAUGCGUACAAAAUGAGGAAAACGAUACAAAACUGCUGGAGCUUGUAGAAGACUGCGGCCCAUUGCCCUUGGCCAAUGAAAAAUGCAAAUUAGAUACGGAAAAGACGAACAAAACUGCACCGUUUCCUUACUGCUGCCCCAUCUUUACUUGCGAUCCGGGAGUUCAGCUGGAAUAUCCGGAAUUUCCAAAGGACAAUGAAAAAAAAGAAAAGGUUUAAUAAUGAAAACCAUAACCACAAUACAACAUAAUAAUAUUUUUGUGAAAUAUAUUUUUAGUUGAAACAA